UGUUUAAAUAUUCCCGCUUGAUCGACGUCAGUCAGUCUAGCCAAUAUGUACAAACAGGUGACGUAAGCAGUGAAGACACAAAGCAGAUACACCGUGCUCCGUUCGAUCCGAGAAAGUUACCGUGUGUUCCAUGGAUCACUAGGUGUACACGUACAUACGCGAUAAUUGAAACAUUUUUGCGACCAAACUCGAACGUCUCGAAGAAGAAUCUUACCUGUGGAUAGGUAGUUGCAUCGAUUGCAGAAGAUCCUUAACGAACGGUACGCAUUAACAGAUCAAGAAGCGGCGUCUGGCAAGAAUUUCGCGACGCGGCAAAUUCAAACGCGCACGCGUCGAGGCGAGACUAAACUAUCACACGAGUUCUGCAUGGCCAAAGAAAGAGGGAGAAGAAGUAAUCUGGAAGAAAAAAUACGCAGUUUAAAAUUAAACUCAACCCCGUUUGAAACAACAUCCGAGAACAUCAAUUCGCGAUAACGAGGAUCUCCUAAAGUCGGUCGUGAUAACGGUUGAUAACCUAGGUCGAUGAAAUUUUUACCGUCUGCCAAUCAGCGUGACAUACAUUGCUUCGAAUGUAUAACUAAUUCGGCGAUUUGGCCUGGUUAUCGAUAAAAAAAAAGAGAAUUAAAGGAGAGAUUCGAGUUGAUUGGUCCAUCGUCGUUUAUCACGGGCAAGUCGCCCGACAGAAAAAAUAAUGUCGUCUGUGAAGAGAGGUCUUCUGGCUAGCUCCCAGGGUGUGUCGAAGUUACUGCAAAAUUCGUUGAAAUUCGGAUGGUCAACAGAGAGGCUAGCAUCUAGUCAGCGUAUCGAGCAGAUGGUGGUUCCUAAAGAGGAGGUGAUCAGGUUCAUUUCCCAGUGUAUGUGCAAGGCUGGAACGACACCUGAGGAUGGGUACAUCGUUGGCCAUCAUCUGAUGACCGCCGACUACAGCGGCCACUUUAGCCAUGGAAUGAACAGAAUGCAAAUGUACGUGCAGGAUAUCAAGGAUGGGAUGGCUAAUCCUACCGCGAGGCCGGAGAUCCUAACCGAUUUUCAGGCGAUAGCAUUAAUCAACGGAAACAACGGCCUGGGCCAGGUGAUCGGCAAAGUCUGCAUGGGGCUCGCCAUAGAGAAGGCCAAAAAGUUCGGUAUCGGAAUGGUCUCGGCUCGUGGCUCGAACCAUUAUGGCAUCUGCGGUUACUACACGAGAAUGGCCAUCGACCAAGGUCUCAUAGGCUUCUCCUGCACCAACACGAGCCCUCUGAUGGCUCCAACUCGUAGCAAGACCGCAGGUUUAGGCACUAAUGCCAUGUCAAUAGGAAUGAGAGCGUCGAACGAUGAUCGAUUUGUCUUGGAUAUGGCUACCACAGCCGUUGCUCUGGGGAAGAUCGAGCUGGCUAUCAGGAAAAACGAGCCCAUACCUGAAGGUUGGGCACUUGGAACCGAUGGGAAGGUUACCACGAACGCACAAGAUGCGUAUAAGGCUAGUCGUUUAAUGCCUCUUGGCGGAGAGGAACGCAAUUCGGGUUACAAAGGCUAUGGACUGGCUUUGAUGGUCGAGGUGCUUUGCGGAAUUCUGUCUGGAAGCGAGUUUGGUCCUAAUAUCAGACAGUGGAAGACUAAAGAUAAAAUUGCCAAUCUUGGUCACUGUUUCAUGGCUAUCAAUCCGGAAGCUUUUGGUCCAGGAUCGAGGGAGAGAUUGACUAAAUUGUUGGAACAGUUGAGAAACUUGCCUCGCGUUGGACAUAAUCCCGUUUUGAUCCCUGGUGAUCCGGAAAGGGCGUCCAUGGAACGCGUGGACAGAGAGGGUGGACUUACGUAUCAUCCUAAUCAGUUACAAGCAUCCAAAGAAUUUGCGGAACAGAUGGGAGUCGAACCUAUGAAGCUCGUUCCCAAAAAUGUAGUUAACUAGCAAACCAGGCUCUUCUUGGGUACUUGACACGUUCAAACUUUUUGGAAUCGAUUUAAUCCAAGUGACACGAUAGAACUUUUCAAAUACACCAUUUGUGUUUUUUCUGUCUGUUAACUUCCAAUUGUUUGUCCCGUGUUAUUGCUCAUUGUUAUUUCUUAACAUAAAAUGACUUGCUAAUACCGUGAGAACUAUCGAGAAACAAAAUCUUUCAUCUCACAAUCUUAAGAAGUCUCGAAUUAUCAAAAUACAUGUCCAUAAUCUAUUUCUUUGCAAUUGCAAGAACCCUGAACGUUUUGACAACGCAUUUAUUCGUAUUUUCACAGCGAACAUCUGCAAAAUACGUUUCUACGUAGUUUGAUAUGCUACAUAGUAUUACAAAGACAAAUUUUGUACUUGAUGUAAAAGAGAAUAAGAAUAUACACGAUUUCUAU